AUGGAAGAACUAAUAGAAGCCGUAGCAGUCUUGCCAAGAACCACCUUCUCCGAGUUUCUGCGCGCAUUGGAUCCUACCAAUACUGGACCUGACAACGACCCAACUCACGGCGCACAAAUUCAAGUGGGCAUGUGGAAAAGACUGAACAUGGAGCACGCUAUCGACGACUGGGGCACUAGGAAGCUUUACAUCCGGCUGCUGCAGCGUAUGCUGAGGCUGAUGGUGGCCUUGCAAAAGUCCGGACAGCAGCUGAAUAUCAACGACUACAUGCCUCUGAUCAGAGCCGCGGGUGCCACUUCGGAUAUGGAGGGAGCAAAGCUGCUCUGGAAACAAAUGCAGUGGACCGGAACCAAUCACUGGCGGCAGAGCGAUGCUUACAACGAGUUCAUCAAAGCCAGGUUUUUGGUUGAGCCUCUGUACUAUGGCUUCGACAAAACCCGGACCAUGGUGCAACCCCGUAACCUCCACCGAAUGGGCCAUGUCAAAUUUCCUUGGUACACCAUUAAGAAGUUGGACCGUCUUAGAUUCAAUACUCGUCUCCUAGGUCAUCGCUUUGGAUUGAACAAGACUGUGUCGCAUGCCCAGGAUGUCUCGCGCGCUUUGAGGAAGCGCAAACCCAUUACGCGCGUUUUCCAGCAUAUUCUACUUCAUGGCCACGACAUUAACGAGAAGCUGCUCUGUUCAGCGAUGAUAGCCUUCGGCCGCGCUGGCUCGUUGCGGUUCAUCAGAACGCGUAUCCUGGAAGACUGGUUCAAUAUUUCGGUAUACAAGCACAAAACCACAGGUGUCGUCCAGGUUGGGCCAGCUACCCGCAAGACAAUGGCGCUUAAAGACUUCACACGUCCAGUCCGUCCGAGGAUCAGACCGACUGAGCAACUACUACAUGCUAUGGUGCAGACUUAUUGUGGCAAUGGACAACUCGCCAUGGCCUUCCAGCUACUCGACUACGUUUCCAAAGCAUACAACAUACCCAUCACGCCCAAGAUUUGGUUCGAGUUGCUCGAGUGGACAUAUGUCAUGAGCGUCCCCCCAAUAUCCAGCGCUUGGAUGAUAGCAGGUCUCCGAGACCGGGUCCCAGACAAGUCCGCCACGGAGAUGAUCUGGAACACGAUGACGGCCGCAUACAACGUAAAACCCGGAUUUGAUCAAUAUCACUUUCUUAUAAGCUCCCUCAACCACCGCGGUCAAUACAGCUCCAUGAUCGAGCACAUGAGGGCGGCCCGGAGAUUCUACGAUGAUAAGUGCGCUGAACAUGAAGCCGCUAUCUUGGAGUACAUUCGCGCACUCCGUGACGGCCUCCACGGCAUCGCGCUAACAACUGUUUUCCGCGCCUAUCAGCGCACUCGUUUCGAAAAACAGCACAUGCGAUACCGAAUGUCUCUCUGGUGCCGCAGAUUCCUGCAGAAGAAAUUCCGCACUCUGAACCUGAAUGAUGAGUUCGCCGUCCGGCACAUUCCGGAUUUCGUACGGGAAUUUCGCGAGUUUGUGGAGAACCCCGUGCUCUACCGCACAGCAACAGGGUACGUCCAGCUGCUGGACCCAGUGCACGAGUUCGAACACCGCGUCUAUGUGCGCUCACUAGACCUCGAUAUUCCGAUGAGGGGCCGGGGUGGUCGUGAGGGUAAAUGGCACCUGAAGAGGGUCAGGCGACGCCAUUUCGCUAUUCUUAGUAGCCACAGUUUAGCGGAUCGGAAAACCCACAAGUUAAACCCUUUGUCCCUGCUGCUUGGGGAGCUGGACUCAUUCAGGACACCACAGUUACCUGAGUACCGGGGCAAGAAAGAGUUGAAGGCGAACGAAAUCCCGCUCAGGAUGCCCAGGACAAACAAAGGGGCACGAGAAGUAUCACCCACAGCGCCCAACUUCAAACCGAGGCGCACUAGGCAGUGA